ACCAAGUACUUGAGUUGCUUCCUCACAGACACGCUUCUCAUCAAUAUUCUUUGCAUUCUUAUUUUGACAUUCAAAUAACACCCAAAUAUUCAACAGUUUUUCUUCUUUAAUAUUUACAGUACUACACUGAGCACGUGCAAAAUCACAGCAAAGUAGCCAAACCGCACAAUGUUUUGUUUACAGGAGCCUACUGUGUAGAAAACAGCGGUUACAUCAUGUUGUUUCGUAAUACUUCAAAUACAAUUCAAUGUAGUUAUCACGAACGAAGCUUUUAUAUUUGCUCUGAGAGUUUUUUUUCUCAUUUUCUCAGUUAAAAUCCUCGUUUAAAUGGAUAUAAACCACGAUGCGCAAGAGGGCUUGCAGUUAUGUGGAGAAUCCGUCCGUAUACCAGAAAAAAGCUUUAAAAAACUCGUAGAAAUUACAUUUGACAUCAUCUUGGGAAAGAAGGAUGAAACCAGUUUUGAUGGUAAAAAUAUCAAAUAUGCACAUGUAAAUGAUGUAAUGUACCCCGAUAUGUAGUUGUCAGUCAGUAGUUACGAACCAUUGGGCAUAGAGAAUAGGCACAGAAUGACAGAAUAGGGAUGGAAUUAAAGGAAUCAACCAUUAACACUUUAAUAUAUUGACUUGGACCGAUGGAAACAGUAUGAUUUGUGGACCCGAAACCACAGAAUAAAGACACACAGAAGGUUGACUCGGCCAAAAAGCAUAACCGCUGCCAUGCCAUGAUUCGUCAGCAAAAUGCUGACACCAUGGUCCUAGCCACUGUGCUUAUGAGAGGCAUUCCCCCCCCCCCCCUGGACAUCUGCCAUUUUGAAUAUUAUCAGGGGUUGAAUGCCUCUCAUGAGCACACUGGCUAGGACCAUGGCCAAAAUCAUAGGAAAAACCAAGAUGUCAGGCUUCUGUAUAAUCUCUAGUCUGUGCCGAAACAUUAGCCGUAGAGGGUCCACAAUUACCACAAAACAUACUUUUUCCCAAAAGUCCUAGUCAAGUAAGUAUAUUAUUAUAUACCAAGUGUCAAAGAAAACAAAAAAAACAACAGAAUAAAUUAUUCAGAGCCAUUGCCAGGAAACAGUUGAAUUUUUCACAUGAUGCACUCUCAUCCAAUAAGAUGCAAGAAAACAUGAAAUUUGACACAUGGUAUAUAAUAAAUAGAUUUUUCCCGUGAUCAUGGACUUGUUCCACGUCAAGUCUUUGGUUGCUUUGGAUAUUUCCCCCAUUGUAAAUUAAAAGAAAUUUUGAAAUUCUCCAUUUCUCUGCAUUGAUAAUUUUCACUUGAUCUUAUUUUCAGCAUCCAAUACCCUUGAUUCAGUAAAUCCAGGCACAUUAAAGGAAGCGUAUUAUGGACUGGUUACUCUGGUCAUAGAGGCAGUGAAAACUGAUAGUAGUCUCACUGAUAUAAGGUUUAAGUUGAAAUAGAAAUUUUUAUUUCAUUCAUUUAUGAAUACAUAGAGAAUAAUACAUGGGUGCGUGUGAAUACCAGAUUUAUUUCGAGUGUUGAACAUGAUAUUUCACGAGUGAGCGCAGCGAACGAGUGAGAUAUCAUGUUCAACACGAGAUAUAAAUCUGGUAUUUCCAAGCACCCAUGUAUUUUUCUGUUUAUUAUAUAAACAAAAUUCAGUGAAAAACAAUAAAACGUCCGUGGCAAUGCGUUUUACAACAAAUGAUAUUUUCACGCGUAAAAAUAUCGUAUUUUUUACGUGUGUUUAAAUACGAUUUUUCUCAGUGGCAAAAAACUCUAUAUAACACUUAUGUUUAUAUAAUAAAUGGUAUUUUGUUCUGCCUAAUGCCAGACAAUUAUAUCCAUGUAAUGACAAGCCCUUGCUUGUAGAGUAAUUUAUGCACUUGUUUUCACUUCUGCAAUGCCCAGUAAAUUCCCUAUUUAGAAAUUUCUUAUAGAAAUUCUUAACUGGGAUUGACAAUUAAAUAUGUAUAUAAUCAAUAACGCGCAGGGACGCCGGAACGAUGUGUUGAUAUAUACUAAGAGAUGUUUGGAAAACAUUGAAAGGGCGCCUUUGCCCCCUUGCCCCUCCUGAUAAAGGGCAACGGGGCGGCUGCCCCUCCUGCCUCCCAGUUCUGGCGUCCCUGAUAAUGCAACAGUUAGCACUCCCCCUCUUGGGGGAAGACAUUGAUAUAUAGGUUCAUUAAUCUUUUGAGAUGUGACAUGCAGUUGCUUCCUAGCCUACUUCCCUAGCUUUCCUGCUCUUCUGUUGCCAAAUCCAACUGCACCCACCUUGCCAGUAGGGAUCUUAUAAGCCUGCCUUUCAGCAAUUUCCAUAUUUUGUGAAACAUUUUGCUCAAAUUUAAUGCUAAUAAACUUUAACACAGUUUACCAUUCAUUGCACUUUGUUCCAAUGGCCAUGUGGGAUAUUUCAUCAUGUUUUGUGUGCAGUAGACUUGUGAUUGGGCUAAAGAUAAAAAAGAAACAUAGUUGUACAUGAAACAUCGGACUAUAGGCAAAGUAUAGCCUUAACGUGUAGAGGCCAUUGAGGCAGUAAACAAGAAAGUCUAUUUGCCAUUUUGCCGUAAUAAUAUCAGUAUAUCUGCAUAGCUGGAAAAAAAUAACAUUGUACCGGUAAUCUAACUUACAGCUUAUAGCUGCUGCAUGAACUCAUUGACAAGUAGCUAUUUUUCAAUUACAUGCAAGGUCUUUUUAAAAAUUAUUUGGCAUUCUGACUGGUGUAUUUUAUGUUUUCAGUUCAUAUUUAGAGGAAUGCAAGUGGGAUUCAGACAGGAUUGAAUAUUUGAACAAAGUAUUUAGUGUAAGACGAUCAGAUAUUGUGCAAAUCUAUUAUAUACUCUAAAUUAUAUACUUUUUAGACAAUAGUAGUAUUAAUUAAGAGAUUUUGUGUAUGUUACGUAACACGAGCCCAAAACUAAUGCGUAAUAAUAACACAGUACUAUGCACUUGGUUCAGGUUAUAUAACUACAUUCGAAAUUCCAAUUGCUCAAUCAGCAAACAAAUUUAAAAAGUAUUGUUAUCUGUAAAAUAAUGCUAAAAUGAAGAGAUUUUAUGCGGUAUGCCAAAGAGAAAAGUAUGUCAGUAAACUGUGUUCAUAUUGCUGUAAAUAUGCAGGUGUCAAUUAUAAAGCAUGGUUGGUAAAUGUAUUUUAAUUGACAAAUUUUCUUAUUAUUUUAUGUUUCUCAACCGUUAGAUGCAUUAAUACUAAAAACUACGAGACGGCGAGCGGUACCUCCUUUCCACGAGGGACUGCUCGCAGUCUAAAAACUACCUACCAUCUAAAAGAUUUUAGGUUUUGAACGCAUUUCGACGCCAGUAUGCAACAUAGAAAAAAUUGUCUCUUAAUAUAAAACAUAUUUAUUUCAAAGUCAUUGUGUCAUAAAGCAUAUUUAAACGAGUGUAAAGUCAUAAGACGCUAGAUGUAGUAGUAUACUGGAUAUAGUCCACUCAACUCAAAGUUGUUAACUUGACAUGUUCUGUUAACUUGACAUUGCUAUGAUUACAUUUCUUAUGAUCUAUAGGGAACAAGACCAGACAUCCAAGCACUGUUAAGCAGGUAUACCUCUACUGGAAAAGUAGUAUAUUGUAUAGGGCAAGUAGUAAUUUGCAUAAAACACGGAUAAGUAAGUUAAGAACAUGACGUUAGCCUAGCCUCCUGCGCAGGCAUCUCAUGGUUCACCUGCGUUGCUUGGAUUUCCAAAGGCGAUGCCUGCGGAGGAGGCUAACAUUAUAUAGCUGUGCUAAACUUAGCUAAGCUCGGCUAAAGGCCCGGUCACACUACACAACGAUAACGAUAUGAAAACUUGUAAACACACGAUGAUUGGCAAAAAAAUUAUGUUAGUCACUGUUAGUGUCAACACUACAACGAAAAUGAUAAAAUUAUCGUUUGACGAUAACGAUUUUAAAAUCGCUCACCCGAGCGAUUUUGUUUUCAGUCGGACGAUAACGAUAAUUUUUUGACCAAUUUGGUGCAGCGGUCUAACCUCCUGGUUAUAUAGGUAUACAAAUGUAUAGAAUUUACACUCGAAAUUUCCAUCUACAAAACACUCUUCGACUUGGUAUGCCAAUGUCCUUUUUGUUUUGAAUUAUGAGUAAUUUUUACAUCGUUAUUUCUCCACUCCUAGCACAAGGACAGUAUUUCCACACAUUGUUGACGUUGAUUGGAGAUUAGAUUAUUAUGUUAAGGUGAGAUACGCAGUUGAUGGCAAUGAGUGAGUUGCAGUAUGUUCAGUCAAACUCCUCCCUACAGGCAAUUCUCUAUACGGACAACUAAACAGACCCCAGAGUGAUCAGGUGAUGUUUUAAGCUUGGUGAACACUAGCAAUUUUGUCGGCGAUUUUGUGUUUCUAACGGAUGCAAAUGACUCAUUUGGAUGAUUCAGAUGGGGUUAAAACAUCACCUGGUCUGAAAUGAGUGAACUACAGAUUACAGAUAUUUCACAGCACACUCCCUAUCAGGGCUUUUCAGUGACUGGUUACAUUAUGAAUCGAUAGAAUUAGAACCAGACUGACGUGAAGCAGACCGAGGUAGACUUUGAGCUUACAAAUGGCGCUUGAGCAGCCGCUAUUAGUCCAUACCUCAUUAAUGAUCUGCCUCCAGACCUUAUGUGCCUAACCCACCCUGUCAACUUUCCCUGUGGGAGGAAACACGGAGUACCCGAAGAAAACUCACGACUUUCGGCAGAGCGUUGACGUUUUUACUCUUUUCACAUGAGGACUGGGUUCGAGUCACAUUGAGAAGUCCUCAUACACGAGGCUUGAACCAGCUACCUUAGAGGUGAAAGGCAAGUACGCUAACCACUUCGCCACCGUAGAGUCGCUUUUCAGAAGCAAACAAUUCUAAGUCUUUUGCAUGUCAUUCAUUCGAUCACAUUUGCCUGGAGAAAAAUCGCCGAUAGAAUUGCUAGUGUGAACCAGGCUUUAGUUGAGCUCACCGAUUUACUGUGCGCGCUAGUGCGAAAUACACCAAGGACGCGAAUUUGAUUGUUCGCUCUAUUACUGUUGAUUUCUUUCUCAGUUCAAUUGCUGUGAUUCAAGAUUCUCUUUUGUUUUUUUUAGAACAAAUACUUAGAUAAAGUUAAUAAACCGACGUACUUGAUUUCAUUAAAAACGGAGGUAUGGAAAAAAUGAAGCGAGGACUUACAACCGAACGUCCUGUACGUUAUAUAAAACAAUGUUAUGUAAAAAAUAUUUUAUUUAGAAUCGUAAAUAUAGCAACCUACAGUACCUCGCAAGCCAGACUCUCUACUUCCGCUUCCCUCUCAAACACAGCGGAAGUAGAGAGCCUGGCUUGCGAGGUUGAAUCAUUAAGUAGCUUAGUGAGUUGAUUUUCAUGCGAACUGUUACAUCUUCGUGUUAACAUUUUAGGAAAGCAACAAAAAUGGAUAUUCCGAUGUAGAGUUUUCUUGUUCAAUGGAACAGUUGCAGGUACUUUCGACAAAAUGUGGAUUUUUUCCCAGGCACUAGAGAUUGCAUGUAUUGCACCCGACAGUAGACAUGCGGUACCGAUAUUCCCACGGUUGCUACACAAAAUCUAUGAAUUCCCGUUAUUUUUACGUAUUUCGGAAUUUAUCUGCUCUUCCAACCCAUGGCUGGAUUUUGAGGGGAGGAAUGGGGGUGGUGCGCACCUCCCCUGAGAUCGUUUUCCACCUCCCCUGAGAUUUAUUGCACCUCCCCUCAAAGUUAAAUGAUAGAUCAAAAUGAAAAUUUGGCAUUUUUUUAUGUGUUGCUUAAGGGGCAAAAUUAUGAAUCGUACAGUCGUAAUUCAUGAAUACACCGACAUAUGUACAGUACGUGCAUACAUCACGUGUGGUUAACUUCAACGGAAGGGUACGUUCUAAGCCCUAACAUUCCAGUGGGGGGCGUGAGCUAGACCGCUGCACCUCCCUCAACGUUUCCACCCAAAUCCCACCUUGUUCCAACCCAUUGCAAUAACAAACCAGGCAAAUACUGUAUCAUUGGAAUUUUAAACUUAACAUUAAAGAAAGUUACACAAGGGACAUGCUUAUAGAACUCCGUUAGGAAAUACCUCUUUUGUCUGAAUGGAAUCUUCAUUGCCUAAGCGGAACUAUCGAUCGCAUGCCUUCUUAAUUAGUGUGACAAGUUAUUUCUCCCCGCUUGUUAUAAAUUUGCCUGGAGUACUCAGGCCUAAAAAUUGGUUUCUGUUUCCGACCCGACCCUAUCUCAUCACACCCGACCCCAGCCUAGUCCCUGGCCUUCCAAGCGCGGGCGAGUUACAGGCUGUCAUGAACUUGCAGGCUGUCCGUUUCGCAAAAUAUCCGAACUGGGUCGCGAAUAAUACAGCUUAUCCCGGUCAACCUGCAAACCUUGUCGAUUUCCCCCUAAAAUCAUGAGGUGAAGCGAAAAGGCCAGGAACUAGGCUCACCCAACCUACGUUUUACAACACUUUUGCCAGCACAAAUGAGAAAAUUUAGAGUCUAGUAUUCAUCGAAAUUCGUGUGUUUUACCAAUCAGUGAGACACUCUUUUUGCACCAUGGAAAUGUUAUAAUCUACUCAAAAAGUUCUAGGCAUUAAAAUUCUAUUCAAUUAUUUGAACAAAAAUAUUCGACCUACCGAAGCAUGUAGCCCGACCAAACAAAUUGUCUGAUGCCUCUUUGGCUCUGGGUACGAGAUUGGCGUCAUGCUGCAUAAUGUUGACUUUGUACAAAAAGACCGAGGUCCGAUAUUUCUCUGUGCAUACCGAGCAAGCGAGGUUAAUAAAAAGUUUAUUAUAUGGCAUUAUACUGAUUAUAGACAUUUAUACUCGAAGCAAACAAGAAAUGCACGAUUGAAAUGCAUAUCAGUAGCGUGGUACACAUUUGAUCGAAGAAAACAAAAAUUGCCAAUGUAUUCCUUCCUUUCCACUUAAAACCAUUCGCAGAUAUCUUAUUAUUAUAUCUUAUUAUUUGUUAUUACAAAUUAAAUUAUAAUUUUCAAUUAGUUUUGCUGUUUUGUUUUAAAAUGCAUGCGUUUGUUUUUACGUAAUGGACCGCCACGGGAAAAUAAUGGACCACUGAAAGUGCUUCUCAGCCAAUCACAGUCCGCCAUAUCACCAGAAGUGAUGCUUGCCAUAUAAUAAGUUACAUUAAUUUAUAUGUUUUGGUAUCUCAUCGGACGUCGUUCCCGUUAUUUCGUUUAGGAUCUUGUGGGAAAGUUGAAAGAUGCGUGUAAAAGCUUGGAAAAAGCUUCUCAAAUGUAAAUUGAACUCGAUGAUCUAUUUAAGAUAAAUUAUGAGGUAUGGUAUUGUAUGGAUAGAAUUGAGUCCUUGGUGGGACGUGGUCGACAUUCAUUUAACAGAAGAAAUGUGCAAAUAUGCAUGAAUCAAAUUUAGAGCGUCAAAUGCAUUUAAUGACGUAGCUAACAGUAUAAACUGGAAAAUAAAGCUAUAACAAAGCAAUUUUGAGAGAUAACCAAAACGAUUUUUGUUUUUUUUUAACGUAUUUUGCUUGAAAGAACGCCUGGUUAUCCCCGCUCUUUAUUUCAUAAAAGUUUUUCUGUGGAAUACAAUUGAUUAUCUGACCGAGUUAUGUACUGUAGAUUUUUUAAUAAAUAAUAAACAUAGUUUUUCGAAAUAGAACUUUUUAAACUUGGCCAGAGUUUACUGUACCACAGGAGGAUGUUUUAUGAAAUAAAAAUUGGGGGUACGUAACCAGGCGUUUGAAUGCGUUAAAAGCAAAAAUAUUGGCAAUGUUGAAUCGCCAUUGUUGCCAUAACAACAGUGGUGACGUCAAUUUUGUGACCAAGUUCCAAUUCUUAGACUUAGAUUUUGCCUUAUAUGGUGGCAAGUAUACAGUUUCUUCAAAAUCUUUGAUCUGAUUUAUGAUUUUUCAUAUUUUUAAAAAUUGUUGGGAGCUAUCUUAAAAUCGAGUCGAAUUCUCUUAUAAUUAAUCAAUUUGUCGACUCUAGAGAUCCGGUGUUUGAUAGUGAGAAAUGAAACGUUCUCCUUGGUGUUAGUAGGCAUCGCUACUGUAGAAUUCACCUGUGUGGCCAACUCCUUGUAAAUGAUUUAACCAAAAGAUAUACAGAUGUUAUGUAAUUUCCACACAAUUAAUUCUUUGUCAUGAUUAUGUUUUAAAAAUAAAAUGGCAAGAUACAUAUCUAUUAUGUAAACAAAUUCUACAACUUAAUAUGAAUAGUAUAUAUACCCUAAAUCGCUGGCUUAUGUAAGCCUUACGUUUUUACCUAGUUCCAUGUGGUAAAAUUGUAAUUGUUACUCAUUUAACGUGCUAUCAAACCAGUUUUUAGACUGAUGACACAAAACUUUGUGCUAGCAAUAGUGGAAAUGAAUUCGAAUAAAAUAGAGUGGUCAAGUUUAAUUUUCUGGCCCUUAAAUUUUCAACACUCAACUGUUGGUCAUCGUACUACCGAAUGAUUCCGAAACCAAGGCAAUUUUCCAUUAAUAGACAAGCUGACUUGGAUAGCUUGUGCUAGUCGAAGCAACUGGUUUCAACCUGGCGUUUGUUGGGUUGAAUGGGAAUGUUUCGAGGCGUGGGUGCUACAACCGUUUUUGCGACGAUAAUCCGGGUUAAUUGUCUGAUCUUCGUUUUCCAAAAAGAUCCCAUGCUCAUAAGCUCGUAUCAAUCACAGUAGUGCAGAUAUUAAAUGGAUCAACAUCCAUUGUAUUCUCAGGCACAGUCUCGUUCUCAAUGUCAGUUUGAGGUAUUACAUCCAAGUUAUGUUGUUUUUCGUUGAAAGAGGUAGGGAUAACCUGAGCAGGAAUCCCCAUCCAAUCGUAAGUUAAAGUUUUCUGUGGCAAAUCUUGCACUUUAUCCUUCGGAAUAACAUCAAAAUAUAGAUCCAAAGGAGCGAGCU